UGUUGCUCUGGAUCCAUUGUAUUUGGAGGAAGAAUGUCAAGCAUUGCAUUGUGCAUGAGGGAGAUGAUAUUAUUGGUUGAAACAAAUCUCUGUGAGAUAAUUUAGUCAUUCUUCAGGAAAAUGAUGCUUAAAAGUCAAAUGGAAAGAAGAUUUCAGUUGUGGUCAAGUUCUUAAAAGUUUAAUUCGAGACAUGAAGCUGGUGUUUGUUUCUUUUAUUGUCACUUCUGUGUCUGUGUUAAGUAAGGAUUGGAAAGGAGUAAGGCUUGGCUUUCCGGGAUAGUUCACGCAUUUUUAUGAAACACUGCUCAAUGGAAAAUAGAUAUUGAUUGGGGCUGAGAAGAGAGAUGGCAAAUUCUGAGUUUGUGAUCCUAUUCUAUAUCAUCACCUUUUUUUUGUGUCAGUUAAGGGUUGGGGAGGGGUAACGCUUUCUGGCAUGGUUUAUUCAUUCUUCAGAAAAGUAUGUUCAAAUGGGGAAAAGUACAUGGGACUUGGGUUUCUGGAAAGAAGGUUGAACCUGGGGUUCGAGUGGAAUUGCAUGAGGGUGACACACUGCAGCUUGGCGGUUCAACUAGAGUGUACAGACUUCAUUGGAUGCCAUUGAGUCUUGCAUAUGACAUGAAGAAUCCUUUUGUGCCUACACUGGAGGCCUCAGAGGCAGUGCAUGUAAGCAAAGAUGAAGCACAACCACAUCUGGAAAGUAAUCUCCCACAUCUUAAAGACGAUGAAUCUGAGUUCCAGGAUGAUUAUGCUGAAGGUUUAGAUUUGCUAUUUUCUGAUAUGGAUAUGAAGUCACAAAUGGAACAGUUGACUUCAUAUGCACCACUACGGCUUGACAACACUAAACCACCAUUCCAUUAUGAGGCUGCAGAGAACAAUAGUUCCUUACCAGAAAUUCUUCAUCUAAGUGAUGUUGCUGAAAUACAACCUGUCGGGGAACUUGGUGGACUGGAAAGUAAUCUUCCACAUCUUAAAGACGAUGAAGCUGAGUUCCAGGAUGAUUAUGUUGAAGGUUUAGAUUUUCUAUUUGCUGAUAUGGAUAUGAAGUCACAAAUGGAACAGUUGACUUCAUAUGCACCUCUACUAUUCCAUUAUGAGGCUGCGGAGAACAAUAGUUCCUUACCAGAAAUUCUUCAUCUAAGUGAUGUUGCUGAAAUACAACCUGUUGGGGAACUUGGUGGUCUGGAAAGUGAUGUUCUGCAUCUUGAAAAUAAUGAAACUGAAAUCCAUGGCGAUUACAUUGAAGGUUUAGAUUUGCUAUUUUCUGAUAUGAAUAUGAAGUCACCAAUGGAACAGCUGAAUUCAUAUGCGUCUCUAGUGCUUGAAGACAAAGAACCACCACUUUAUUCUGCACAUGCAGAAAACAACAGUUCCUUGCUGGAAACUCUUCAGUUAAGUGAUAUUGCUGAAAUAGUACCUGUCAGGGAACUUGGUGGACUGGACAGUGAUGCACUUCACCUUCAAGAUGACAAAACUGAGUUCCCGGGGGAGUAUUUUGAAGGUUUAGAUUUGUUGUUUUCUGAUAUGAAUUUGAUGUCACCAAUGAGCCAGUUAACUGCAUAUGUACCUCGAGAGCUUGAAGACACAAAACUACCAUUUAAUUUUGAGAAGGAUGCUGAGAAUAAGUGUUCCUUCCAGGAAACUCUUAAGCUAAGUGAAAUUGCUGAAACACAACCUAUCAGGCAACUUGAUGAAAAAAAAGUUGACCUGGAGUGGGGGCCCUUGACUUCUGCCAUUGUAAUGAACAAUUCUUUUGUUCCUUUCAACAUGCCAGAACCAGUGGAGGAAGGUGAAGAAGCUUUUACGCCUGACAAAGAGAACAUGCUACCUAAAACUCGUUUGAUGUUGUCCAGCAAGAAACAGGAAAGGUCGGGUAAAGUUAACUGUCCAAAUAUAUACAGGGCAUCCCCUUUGAAGAAUGUUGGUUCAAAUGUCUGCAAAGAAGUUCCCAAGCCUGCGAUUUCGGAGAAUUCCAGCCCCUCUAGGGAGGUACUUGAAAAGGAGCUAUCUGAUCGCACUUGCUCCAGUAGGGUAGCCAAGUCUGAUGCAGAUAUUUUGAAGGUUAGAGAGCAUAGAAUCCCCUUUCAGUCUUUACCGGUGAGCUCAAAUGAAACUGCAUUGGAAGGUGUGGACUCGAAAGGAACUUCUAGAGGCUGUAAAACUGUUGUCAAUUUGCAAAUCAGGGAGUCAGUUCUUCCCUUUAACAACUCCAAGGGGAAAAUCAAGACGUGGACCAUGGUUGCUGACACUGCUAGUUUGCUUGACAAAGAGUCCAGGAAAGCUUUACAGCUUAUGCAAGGUCUCCGCGGGACGAGUUUAAUUAUUCCCAGGAUCGUCAUAAGGGAACUGGAACACAUGAACAAACACUGUUACUUGUUCAGAAGAAACACAGUGGUUUCUUCAGCACUACAGUGGAUUAAAGGUUGUAUGGAGAAUACAGAGUGGUGGAUCCGUGUUCAGAGUUCAGCGAAAGAUGCAGAGCAGAUUGCACCAACCCCUCGAACUUGGCCUUUACCUCAAACGAGUGAAGAAAAAGAGAAGUUUUCAGCUAGUUCAGUUCCUUCUUCUCCAUUUGGUAGCUUUCUGGAAAUUCUUACACCAACAGCUGAAGACCACAUCCUUGACUGUGCUCUUUCCAUCAGGAACACCCUGCCUAAGGGCCAGUUAGUCCUUCUUAGCGAUGACGUUUCUCUCAAGAUCAAGGCCAUGGCUGAAGGUUUGCUUUGUGAGACAGCCCAAGAGUUUCGCGAAAGUCUAGUCAACCCAUUUUCGAGUAGAUUUCUGUGGGCUGACAGCUCCCCAAGAGGACCUACUUGGUCCUGCCGUGAUGAGGUUGUCCUUAGGGAGAAAUACUGCAAUGUUCCUUCAAGAAAGUAUCAAAGAUUGGGUGAAGUUGCUAAGGGCUUGAAGCUCAUAUUGCUUCAUAAUUCCCAGUACAGGCAGAUGAGUUCUAUCAGCUAAACCAUUUGUCAGUGAUUGUUGGUUCCAUGAACAGCUAACACUUGGAAAUCAUCCGUAGUUAUGCUUAUUCUGAAAUCGUCCAUGCACAGAUAUCGUGUAUAUAUCAUUCCCGGUUUAUGUGACGAAUGAAGUAGAAACCUUUUAUGCUUGACAUUGUUGUAAUCUUUUGGUUCUAGCUUCUUCGAAAACGAAAAGUAGAAGUCCUUGAAUUUGCUGGAUAUAGAGUUUCA